CCCCGCCGCCGCCGUCGUGGCCGCCGCGCUGGGCGGCCCGGGCUACGACGGCGACGACAAGAACCCCGACGUCAUCCCACAGCCGGCGGCAGUGGAACACGACGAGCACGCUGACUUCCUAGCAUCCUGUCACCAAAACAUAUCAACGAUUGAAGGCUCCUCGACGGGGGUGAUGUCGCCGAGCCGCGGUCGGCUACAGAAGCAGCCACAGAGGGCCGUCACGGGGCCGGGACCAGGAGGGGGCGGGCCCUACGGUAGCUACUGUACCCUGCGCAACGGCCUGCCGCUCCGGGAGCUGGCCCCGGUCAGCCCGCCGAUGAUGCACUCUGGAGUCGAGCAAGACCUGCACACGUCAGCACAGACGACGGGCGCGUCGCUAGAGCACGUGGGCACGCCGGUCGGCGUGAUGGCGCACAUGUCUUCUGCGACGCUGCCUCGCCACUGGCAGUCGCCGGGGGCGGUGCCGGCGCCGGCGUCGUCGGUGGUAGCGACGCCUGCCGGCUACCCCGUGCCUCCGCGGCGCCACCUCUACUCCAGCCCCGUCCACCUGCUGACGUCAGAGCAGCUCACUGCGGCAGGGCCGGUGGCCAACAAGCGCGAGAGCACCGUCUGACCGGAGGCCGAGCUCUGAGGCCCGGGCCCGGGGGAC